CUACUUCCUCCCCUUAUCCUCAGUUCUAUGCCUGUUUUCCAUCUCACAGCGUUGCAGCCAUGGCUCUUCCCAAAACCCCGUCUCCCUUUCCUUCCCCUUCCUUCUCUCUCCUCCUGUCCCUCCUCUUCUUAGCUCUCCAAAGCCCUCUCUCCUUCUCAGCUGACACCAUCUCUUCCAACUUCUCCAUCUCAGGGGACCAGAAGCUAACCUCCAAAGGAGGCGACUUUGUUCUGGGCUUCUUCUCUCCAAGUAACUCCUCCAAAUACUACAUAGGCAUCUGGUACAAAAAAGUCUCACAGCAAACCCCCGUCUGGGUGGCCAACAGAGAAACCCCUGUCUCAGACAAGACCAAAUCCGAGCUCAGGCUCUCUGACGAUGGAAACUUGGUUCUCCUCAACCAGUCCCAAACCCAAAUCUGGUCCACUAACACCAGCAUCUCCGCCAAAUCCACUGUAGCGGUUCUCCAAGACUCUGGAAACCUUGUGCUUGCAGAUGGCUCCAACUCCUCCAGGAUCCUGUGGCAGAGCAUCGACCACCCCACCCAUACCUGGCUCCCCGGAGGCAAGCUCGGCCUGAACAAGGUGACUAAACAGAACCAGCGCCUCAUCUCCUGGAGGAGCUCAGCUGACCCAGCUCCUGGGAUCUUCUCCCUUGAGCUCGACCCCAAUGGAAGCAGCCAGUACUUCAUUCAGUGGAAUAAGUCUGUCCAGUACUGGACUAGCGGGACUUGGAAUGGAAAAAUCUUUAGUGGGGUGCCGGAGAUGACGGCGAAUUAUAACUACGACUUCAAAUACGUUAACGAUAGUGACGAGAGCUACUUCACUUACUCUGUUAAAUAUCCCUCGGUCAUCUCGAGGUUUGUAAUGGACUUCUCGGGGCGGAUCCAGCAGUUAACAUGGAUGGAAGAUUCCCAAGAAUGGAUACUGUUCUGGGCCCAGCCGAGAGCGCUGUGCGAAGUGUAUUCUCUCUGCGGGCCGUUCGGGAGCUGCAGCGAGAGCAGUGGGACAUUCUGCAAAUGCGUCAAGGGUUUUGUGGCACGGAACCAGACCGAAUGGGAUUUGCAGGAUCAAACAGGGGGUUGCGUGAGGAGAACUCCAUUACAGUGCGGUAGCAACAACUCGGCUAAUGUCGGGAAAGAUGGGUUUUAUCCGAUGGAUAGUGUGAAGUUGCCAGUAAAUCAUCAGAAUUUAGAUGUUGGAAGUGCUGAAGAUUGUGAAUCAGCCUGUUUGAACAAUUGCUCUUGUACUGCUUACUCAUUUAGUGGUGGGUGUUCCGUGUGGCACGGGGAUUUGAUCAAUCUACAGGAGCAAUACAAUGGAUCGAAUGGAGGAACCCUUUACCUUCGGCUGGCUGCCUUGGAGCUGGCUGCUUCGGAGCUGCCGGACUCCACGAGCAAGAAGGGAACGGUCGUCGGGGCCGUCGCCGGUGCGGUUGCGGGCUUGGUAGUUUGUUUGUUUAUCGUAAGGGUGCUGAUCCGGAGGCGCCAGAAGAGGCGGAGGAUUCAUGCUGUUAAAGCAGUAGGGAGAGCUCUGGUGCCAUUCAGAUACAGCGACCUGCAGCAUUUCACCAAGAACUUCUCGGAGAAAUUGGGUGGAGGAGGUUUCGGUUCGGUGUUCAAGGGGUUCUUGUCGGAUUCGAUCGCCAUAGCUGUAAAGAAGCUUGAAGGCCUUCACCUACAUGGAGAGAAGCAGUUCCGGUCCGAGGUGAGCACGAUUGGAACGGUGCAGCAUGUGAACCUGGUUCGACUUCUUGGGUUUUGCUCCGAAGGCGCCAAAAGUUUGCUGGUUUAUGAAUUCAUGCCAAAGGGUUCUCUGGAUACCCAGCUGUUCCAGAACAAUUCCAUGGUCUUGGACUGGAACACGAGGUACCGAAUUGCUCUUGGAACUGCUAGAGGAUUGGUUUAUCUCCACGAGAAGUGCAGGGACUGCAUUAUACACUGCGAUAUAAAGCCAGAAAACAUUCUACUGGAUGCGUCCUUCGUUCCAAAAGUGGCAGACUUCGGUUUGGCAAAGCUUGUAGGCCGGGAUUUCAGCCGAGUAUUGACUACGAUGAGAGGAACAAGAGGCUAUCUCGCACCUGAAUGGAUAACUGGGGUAGCCAUCACUGCCAAAGCUGACGUCUACAGCUACGGGAUGAUGCUUUUGGAAAUUAUAUCUGGCCGGAGAAACUCGGAGCAGACAGAGGAAGGGAAAGCUGCAUUUUUUCCCGCAUUAGCUGCGACCAGACUCGCUCAAGGGGAUGUUGGAAGCUUGGCAGAUCAUAGAUUGGGUGAUGAUGUGAGUAUCGAAGAGCUUGAAAGAGCUUGCAAAGUUGCUUGUUGGUGCAUUCAGGAUGAUGAAAGAUCCAGGCCAACCAUGGGACAGGUUGUUCAAAUUUUAGAGGGAUUUCUAGAAAUUAGCAUGCCCCCUAUUCCAAGAUCACUUCAAGUUCUUGCGGAAAGCCCCGAGAACAUAAAUUUCUUCUCAGACUUGUCAUCGAAUCAAAGUUCCCGGACACGGAGUGCCACUUCUACCGGCUCUCAAGUUAAAAGCACAGCAUCGAGGAGUUCUAAUGUAUGAAGAUGCCCAAGACUUUCCAAGCUCCGCAUACCAUCUAACUCUAUUGGAACCAGAGGAAACAUGUGAAGAAUCUGGGCUAUUUGAAGAGAGCGCAACAGCAUAAUAUUGUAAACAUAGAUCCUCUAUCUGGACUGUUGUUCUCAGAAAUGCUCUCUCCAUGAUCUCUUCUUGGAAUGUUUUAUCCUCCUCCAAAAACAGAUCUGCUUUUCUGAAUCUUAUUGCUACCCUGCAACCCUUGAUGUAAUAUUUUCUGUUUUUUAGGUCAUUGUUGCUCUCAAUGAACCUUUAAACCUGUUUCUCCAGGAACUUUUGUUUCUUCUUUGGUGCUUGUAAAUCUUUCUUGAUUUGCUUAAUGAAGUAAAAGAAAAGGUGUAGGAUAAGAUGAAGCAGAUGAAACAGUUUGCAUGGGUGCAAGGAUACCAGACAUGGAUUCUGUCCUGGUCCCAGAGGAGAGUGCAAUGCCAAAGUGUCCUCUCUCCAU